GGGGCGGGAUAAAAAUCACCGAGAGCGCCGGGAAGUUACUUCCGGUUCCCCUGACAUUCCCGCCUCUUCGAAUCCGGUGAGGGGAAAAGAAAGAAAGAAAGAAAGAAAGGAGUGUGUGUGUGUGAGCGAGAGGACAGGGAAAGUCUAAAUCAAGUCCUGAAGCCUCCGGGGAAGGAGUUUGGCGGCAGAGAGAGAGAGAGAGAGAGCGAGUUGACGUGGUUCCUUUCCUGUUUGGUUCGCGGCCUACUCUUCCGGUACUUGAAACUUUCAUCCUCUGAAUCCGUUAUGUGAAUGGUGUAGCAAUGGCUCUCUUUUUUACAGAUGAAAUUGCUGAUAGUAUGAAGAUGGAUGCUGGAGACUCUGUGUUAGCUAAUCACACAUCUGUGUUCAAGACUCUUCCUCUACAGCAGGAUGCUGUCUUGGGAGAUCACCUUCCUGUGUCUGACAACAAGUUUUUAGCAAACAAGCUUGAUGGUUUGGAGAGACCUUUUACUUGUUCUACAGUAAAUUCCUCCUGUAACUUCAGUUAUUUGCCAGAACCUCCAUCCUCUGAGACCUAUCAAGCCUCUGGAGGGCUAAGAACAUUUGGAGCAAGCGCCAAUGGACAGUGGAGAAGUUGUGGUUCUACACUUGGUCCUAUUUUGCAGAAACCUAGACCAAAUCGCAGCGUGUACUUUGAGACACGCAAAAACCUGAGUGGGACAUCUAAUUCCUAUGCCGGGAAAUCAAACCACCAUUGCCCUGUUUCUGCCUAUGAAAAAUCCUUUCCAAUUAAGUCUGUUACCAGUACAUCAUGGAAUGCCCCAUGCCGUCGAAGCUUGCUGAGUCCCAAAAAAUCCCAGAGGAGAUUCAUCAGCACUGCAGAAGAGACUGUUCGAGAGGAAGAGAAAGAGAUCUACCGGCAGUUGAUCCAAAUGGUUACAGGGAAGAAAAACUCAGCCUCCAAGACUGCUUCACUUUUCUCCCUCCACUUAGCUAGAUGUACAGGUUCCAAUGGAAACCUUAGAAAAGAAGGUGAAAAUACGAAUCGAAGCCCUUUAGAAGUGUGUGGCACCCCUGCAAGCAAUCAUUCACCUGCUAUUCUCAGGAUUCAGGAGCAGCAUUCUCACAAACCACAGCCACAUUCGAUCCCUAGUUUCUCUUCACAUGUUAGCUUUGAACCAAAGGAUGCCAGUACACCGAGACAGCAAAACAACCAAGCAGCAUUGAACAUGCAGGCCAAAGGUUCUGACUCUGUCAUAAUGCUCAAUGGCAAAGACAUACAAUCCCCGGCUCCAAGCACACCUUUCUUUGAGGCUGAAUUAUGGAUAAAAGAAUUGACCAGCGUAUAUGACUCUCGAGCACGUGAGAGAUUGCGACGUAUAGAGGAACAAAAAGCUUUAGCAUUGCAGUUGCAGAACCAGAGAUUGCAGAAGCAGGGGUUUUGCCUACCUGACUCAGUAGACUUACACCUGCGAGUGCCUCUUGAGAAGGAAAUUCCGGUCACAGUCGUUCCAGAGGACAACAGGACCACACGCGUUGAAGAAAACUUUCCUGAAAUCACAGAGGAGAUGGACAGGGAAAUAAAGAGUGUUUUACGAAGUGGCAACCAAGAUGAGGUGUUGAGCGAAGCCUUCCGGUUAACUAUAACUAGGAAAGACAUUCACACCCUUAACAAUCUCAAUUGGCUAAAUGAUGAGAUAAUCAACUUCUACAUGAAUAUGCUAAUGGAAAGAAGUAAACAGAAGGGUUUUCCAACCGUUCAUGCAUUUAACACUUUCUUCUUCACCAAGUUAAAAAACGCUGGGUACACAGCUGUGAAGCGUUGGACUAAGAAAGUGGAUAUAUUUUCUGUGGACAUUCUUUUGGUGCCUAUUCAUCUUGGUAUCCACUGGUGCCUGGCAGUUAUUGACUUCAGGAAAAAAAACAUCACCUACUUUGACUCAAUGGGUGGAAGCAACAGUGAGGCUUGCCGGAUACUGCUGCAGUAUUUGAAGCAGGAAAGUCUGGAUAAAAAGCGGAAAGAUUUUGAUACAAAUGGUUGGAUGCUGCUGAGUAAAAGGAGGCAGGAGAUUCCUCAGCAGAUGAAUGGCAGUGACUGUGGGAUGUUUGCCUGUAAAUAUGCUGACUGCAUUUCCAAAGACAAACCAAUUAAUUUUACUCAGCAACACAUGCCUUAUUUCCGAAAACGGAUGGUCUGGGAGAUCCUCCAUCGGAAACUGCUGUGAUGUCAUGCUGAGCGUCAGACCCUCCAGAGACUGCGAGUCAGGCCUUGGCCAUUCUCCGCCAUCUCCGUUGUGGACUGCAUGGGUUUCCCACUGAAGCUUACAAGAACCUGUACUUCGCGUUAUGUGACUUUUUGGAGUUAAUCUAUUUUAUGGAGUAGUGUGCUGUGCAACUUUUCCAAAGCACACUUCCUUUUUUGAGAGGGGGGGGGGUAUUUUGAACACUCCCCCUUUUUUACUGUGACUUGUAGAAGCACUAAGUAGUGCAGUUUUUAUUUUAGAUAAAUUCCACUUAAAAAUCCCCCUUUUUCAAAAUGCUGAAAUGGGCUAACAGCUUGAUAUCUGCCAAGAUUUGACUGUAGAUGGAGGGGGUAAAUGCAAAAUAUGCCAUGUAUGUCAUGCUCUUGACAAUAAAAUAAAAUAAAAAUAAUAACAUCAGAACUCAGAUGUAGCGCAAUACAAUUGCUGUAGAUAGUCUUCCUCAACUAAUGUGUCAAGUAUAGAAGUAAAACAUGUAUACCUAUUUGGGUAAAUCCAGCUGGACCACAUUUGCCACAUGUAUAUGUGUUUAUUUCUACAUCUUGAUGCAGAUAACCCAGCAGUAAUAAUACAUAUUGCUCUCCAUUAUCACCUUGCUAAAUGGGAGAGUUACUCAUGUGUGAGAAGCAGCUUGUGAAUUUUACUCCAUGGUUGCAAUCUUCUUUUCAGUACCCUAGCAGGAGGGGGUGAAUAAAGAUGAACAAUAUUGGUUCAAUCCAUGUUCAAAGG